UCCCCCAUUCUUCCCGUGGUCAGCGGGGCGCGCGCGCGGCCAUGGAGCGGAGCGGGCGCCGCCGCCGCCGGCACUGAGGGAAGGAGACGCGAGAGGGAGAAGGGAGCGCAUCCGCCCGGCCCCCGCCCCGCAGAAUGGACUGCUGAAUUGGGAUUUAUUGCAGACUCAACUGUACAGUGCUGCUCGUUGCUUCAUCUAUUACCAGUUAUUUAAAUUGGACUUUUAAUAUCCUGCCAGCUGCUGUGCACACACACAUGCUGCAUUGUUGCCAUUCUCAGAAUUGCAUCUUUGAAACCCAGGCCCUCAGUAACCUUCAUCGAAGAAAGAGGCGACCUCCUGCGUACGUUUGUAGAGGGAGAUUUUGGCCCUGCUGCCCUCUGGCUUUCUGGCUGGUGCUGUAUUUCUGAGACACCAUGGAGCCCAGUAUGGAGUACUGCUUAGCGCAGGUGCUGCAGAAGGAUGUUGGAAAGAGACUUCAGGUUGGCCAGGAAUUGAUAGAUUAUUUCUCAGAUAAACAGAAGUCAGCUGAUCUUGAACAUGAUCAGACUAUGCUGGAUAAAAUGGUUGAUGGACUGGCCACUUCUUGGGUAAAUUCCAGCAAUUAUAAGGUGGUUCUCCUGGGCAUUGACAUCAUCUCUGCACUGGUGUCCCGCUUGCAAGAUCGCUUCAAGGCCCAGAUUGGCACAGUGCUGCCAAGUUUGCUUGAUAGGCUGGGAGAUUCUAAGGACUCAGUGAGGGAGCAGGAUCAGACCUUGCUGCUGAAAAUCAUGGAACAAGCUGCUAACCCUCAGUAUGUGUGGGACAGGAUGCUAGGAGGAUUCAAACACAAGAAUUUUCGGACAAGAGAAGGGAUUUGCCUCUGCCUUAUUGCAACACUCAAUGCAUCUGGAGCUCAGAGUUUAACACUGAGUAAGAUAGUGCCACAUAUAUGUAACUUACUUGGAGAUCCAAACAGCCAGGUUCGAGAUGCAGCAAUAAACAGCCUUGUGGAAAUUUACAGACAUGUUGGUGAACGUGUAAGGGCUGAUCUCAGUAAAAAAGGAUUACCCCAGUCUCGGUUGAAUGUAAUUUUUACAAAAUUCGAUGAGGUCCAAAAAUCUGGAAACAUGGUCCAGACAUCAGUUGAUAAAAUUUUUGAUGAUGAAGACUCCGUGGAUGGGAACAGACCUUCCUCAGCCAGCUCCUCUACAUCUUCAAAGGCUCCUGCAAAUUCACGCAGAGUUGGGAUGGGCACUACCCGCAGACUUGGCUCUGCAGCUCUGGGCUCCAAGUCUUCAACAGCCAAAGAGGGAGCAGGUGCUGUGGAUGAAGAAGACUUCAUUAAGGCAUUUGAAGAUGUCCCAACAGUUCAGAUUUAUUCCAGCCGGGAUCUUGAGGAAUCCAUAAACAAGAUCAGAGAGAUCCUAUCAGAUGAUAAACAUGACUGGGAACAGAGAGUUUCUGCGUUGAAAAAGAUCCGCUCCUUACUUUUGGCUGGAGCUGCAGAAUAUGAUAACUUCUUCCAACACUUAAGACUUUUGGAUGGAGCAUUUAAAUUAUCUGCUAAAGACCUGCGGUCUCAAGUCGUACGAGAGGCUUGUAUCACAUUGGGACAUCUGUCAUCAGUUCUGGGAAACAAGUUUGACCAUGGGGCAGAAGCCAUCAUGCCAACAAUUUUUAAUCUAAUUCCAAAUAGUGCCAAAGUCAUGGCCACUUCUGGUGUUGUAGCAGUUAGAUUAAUCAUUCGACACACGCACAUCCCUCGGUUAAUACCCAUCAUAACCAGUAAUUGUACCUCCAAGUCUGUUGCAGUUAGAAGGCGCUGCUUUGAGUUUUUAGACUUGCUAUUGCAGGAGUGGCAAACACACUCCUUAGAAAGACACAUAUCAGUGUUAGCUGAAACAAUAAAGAAGGGAAUUCAUGAUGCAGACUCUGAAGCCAGGAUAGAGGCAAGAAAAUGCUACUGGGGUUUCCACAGUCACUUCAGCCGAGAGGCAGAGCAUUUGUACCACACCUUGGAGUCUUCCUACCAGAAGGCCCUGCAGUCGCAUUUGAAGAACUCUGACAGCAUCGUGUCCUUGCCACAGUCAGAUCGCUCCUCCUCCAGCUCCCAGGAGAGUCUCAACCGUCCACUGUCUGCCAAAAGAAGUCCUACUGGAAGUACAACAUCUAGAGCAUCUACAGUAAGUACAAAAUCUGUGUCAACACCAGGAUCUCUGCAGCGAUCCCGCAGUGACGUCGAUGUGAAUGCAGCAGCUAGUGCCAAGUCAAAAGUGACGUCUUCUGGAGCAUCCACCCCCUUCAGUUCUGCUGCAGCCUUGCCCCCAGGGUCAUACGCAUCACUAGAUGGUACUACCAGUAAAACCGAGGGUCGGAUUCGUACCAGGAGACAGAGCUCUGGCAGUGCCACAAGCGUCACCUCAACCCCUGCUGAUACUCGAGGCCGCAGCCGGGCUAAAGUAGUUUCCCAGUCCCAGCGAUCCAGAUCAGCUAAUCCUGCUGGUGCUGGUAGCCGGUCUAGUUCUCCGGGUAAGCUCUUAGGAAGCUCCUAUGGUGGUGGCCUGAGCAGUGGAACAUCCAGAGUCCAGGCAGUGCCAUCAUCCUCAGAGAAGCGCAGCAAGAUUCCUCGGAGCCAGGGAUGCAGUCGGGAGACGAGUCCCAACAGAAUAGGCCUAGCAGACUUUUUUUUUAAGUCAGCACGGAGCAGUCGUAUCCCCCGACCCAGCAUGAGUCAGGGGUGCAGUCGUGAUACCAGCCGUGAGAGCAGUCGAGAUACAAGCCCUGCUCGGGGCUUCCCUCCACUUGCUUCUCGACGUCAUUCCAGGUCCACUAGUGCUCUCUCCACUGCUGAUUCUGUUGGGCAGUCAGACCGGUUUGGACUUGGACAGCCAGGCAGGAUGCCUGCUUCCGUGAAUGCCAUGCGAGUCCUGAGCACCAGCACAGAUCUGGAGGCUGCUGUGGCCGAUGCACUGCUGUUAGGAGACUCCAGGAGCAAGAAAAAGCCAGUGAGAAGAAGAUACGAGCCCUAUGGGAUGUAUUCGGAUGACGAUGCCAACAGUGAUGCAUCCAGCGCUUGCUCGGAGCGCUCCUAUGGCUCCAGGAACGGGGGCAUUCCACACUACCUGCGGCAGACUGAAGAUGUGGCUGAGGUUCUGAACCACUGCGCCAGCUCCAACUGGUCUGAAAGGAAAGAAGGGCUCAUAGGUCUUCAGAAUUUACUGAAAAGCCAACGGACACUGAGCCGAGUCGAGUUAAAAAGGCUGUGUGAAAUAUUUACUCGCAUGUUUGCUGACCCUCACAGCAAGAGAGUCUUCAGCAUGUUUCUGGAAACCCUGGUUGAUUUCAUCAUCAUUCAUAAAGAUGACUUGCAGGAUUGGCUUUUUGUUCUCCUGACCCAGUUGCUGAAGAAAAUGGGAGCAGAUUUGUUGGGGUCUGUGCAGGCAAAAGUUCAAAAAGCUCUGGAUGUCACCAGGGAUUCUUUUCCAUUUGAUCAGCAAUUUAACAUUUUGAUGAGGUUUAUUGUAGAUCAGACCCAGACACCAAACCUGAAGGUGAAAGUUGCUAUCCUGAAGUAUAUUGAGUCCUUGGCAAGACAGAUGGAUCCAACAGACUUUGUGAACUCCAGUGAGACAAGACUUGCUGUAUCUAGAAUUAUAACUUGGACAACAGAACCAAAGAGCUCAGAUGUGAGAAAGGCAGCACAAAUAGUCCUGAUUUCUCUCUUUGAACUGAACACCCCUGAGUUUACCAUGUUACUUGGUGCCUUGCCAAAAACAUUCCAGGAUGGUGCUACCAAGCUCCUGCACAACCACCUCAAGAACUCCAGUAACACCAGUGUGGGUUCUCCCAGCAAUACCCUUGGUCGGACUCCUUCCCGGCACUCCAGCAGCAGAACCAGCCCCUUAACUUCACCUACCAACUGUUCCCAUGGUGGACUGUCUCCAAGUCGGCUCUGGGGUUGGAGUGCAGACGGGCUGUCGAAGCACCCCCCUCCCCUUUCUCAGCCUAACUCCAUCCCCACUGCUCCUUCCCACAAGACUUUCAGACGCUCUUACUCUCCCAGUAUGCUGGAUUAUGACACGGAGAACCUAAACUCUGAUGAAAUCUACAGCUCUCUUCGUGGAGUCACGGAAGCGAUUGAGAAAUUUAGCUUUCGUAGUCAAGAGGACCUGAAUGAGCCAAUCAAACGUGAUGGAAAGAAAGACUGUGACAUUGUAUCUCGAGAUGGUGGCCUUGCUCUCCCUACCGGUGAUGUCCGUGGAAGCAGUGACAUUGUGGAAGGUGGAAGGAUGGCUCUGGAUAACAAAACCUCCCUCCUGAACACCCAGCCUCCCCGCGCCUUUUCAGGGCCCCGUGCUCGGGAAUACAACCCCUAUCCUUACGCUGACACAAUCAACACUUACGACAAGACUGCACUGAAGGAAGCAGUGUUCGAUGACGACAUGGAUCAGCUUCGGGAUGAAGUACCCAUUGACCAUUCGGAUUUGGUGGCUGAUCUUCUGAAAGAGCUCUCCAACCACAACGAGCGGGUGGAGGAGCGGAAAGGAGCUCUCCUGGAAUUGCUAAAGAUCACAAGGGAAGAUAAUCUUGGAGUUUGGGAGGAGCAUUUCAAAACCAUUCUGCUCUUGCUGCUGGAAACGCUUGGAGACAAAGAUCAUUCGAUAAGAGCCCUGGCACUGCGAGUUCUGAGGGAGAUCCUACGGAACCAGCCGGCGAGGUUUAAGAAUUAUGCGGAGUUGACUAUCAUGAAAACACUGGAAGCACAUAAGGAUUCCCACAAGGAGGUCGUCAGAGCUGCUGAAGAAGCUGCUUCCACCCUGGCGAGUUCCAUCCACCCCGAGCAGUGCAUCAAGGUGCUUUGCCCCAUCAUUCAGACUGCAGAUUAUCCAAUUAACUUAGCUGCCAUCAAAAUGCAAACGAAAGUCAUCGAGAGGAUUUCCAAGGAAUCGUUGCAUCAGCUCCUACCCGAUAUCAUUCCUGGGUUGUUACAGGGCUAUGAUAACACGGAGAGCAGUGUCCGAAAAGCCAGUGUAUUUUGCCUAGUGGCUAUUUAUUCAGUAAUUGGAGAAGAACUGAAACCUCAUCUCGCACAACUCACAGGAAGCAAGAUGAAGCUACUAAACUUGUAUAUAAAGAGGGCCCAGACCACCAACAGCAACAGCAGCUCCUCUUCAGAUGUUUCAACGCACAGUUAAUGGAGAUCUGUGGACAUGUGUAGACUUAGAAGCAAUCAACGGUGCCUCUCAGAGACCUUUCUGCUACUCUUCACUGGCACGCUCCAUCAGCUUAAGGAAGCCAUGCAGAUAUUUAUUGCAAUCAGUAUUUUAGUCCCUUAAAAGCUUUUACGUAGAAUCUUACUGGUAUUGAAUGUAAAGGAAGCAAGGUCUGUGUCGCAGUCUUCAUUAAAAGUGAACAUCAGAAAGCCGUACUUAAACAUAUUUGUAUAGCCUGCUGAAAUCUCAGAAAUAUGUUUAGGUUAGCAUUCUAACCCUGAGUCCAAGAACCUGGACACAUGUAAAAGUCAAACAAAUCUUGUUGGUUUAGUUCAUACCCAGUUUUGGUUUCUGUGUGCUAGUUAUCUGCUCUCUCCCCCCACUCAUUCUGACUGGGUCCUCCUCUUCUUUCAAGUCUUGUGUUCCUGUUUCGUAGUCCCUGUUGCAGCUUGCCUAACUUGCAGGGCUCUCCAUGAGGAGAUCUUUGCAGAAGUGGCUGUGAUUCCAGCCUCAGAUGCUUUAAUACUGAGAGAUACCAAGUGAGUAAUGAAAGCGUAGGUUCUUUUUAAACAUCUGAGUUUUGUACAUAGUUCUGACAGACCCCAGAUGGGCUGAUCUCUCUGUAACUGCUCUUCAGACAGCUGUGCUAUGCAUAACAGCUGGGCACUUGCUCUUUUCAUUGACUUUGUAAAUACUUCUCCCCUCUCAACCCAUUUGGCUCUUUCAUAUGUUCAAAAGACUCUCCUGGUUACCUGUUACUCCCCAAAGGGAACCUGAGACCCAAUUCUGGGACCGAUGUCUGCAAAUAGGAUGGUGGAGUUGGGUGGGUGGGGUUGGGUUAGGCUCUCAGUGUGUCAGUGGCUGGGCAGUGGGAGCUGGCAGAGCUGUACCUCAGUGCCAGCUGUUUUCCUUGAAAUCUGUAGCAUCAAAGGGCUGAUCUUCUGCUCUGACUGAUCCACUGAUGCUGGAUGGCUUUGUCCCCACAACUUCUUUGCACUUGGGGCAAAAUGUUCAUCCCAGAGGACAGAAAGGGUGUCUGAAUCUGAACAGAAAUACCACAUGGAAGCACCUCUGAGCCAGCUGGGAUGGUGCUGGUUGCCUGCCACAGCCCCUCCUGUUCCUGAAGACCCUGCAGUGCUGUUAACUGCCUUUAGAAACCUUCUUUGUGGCCAUCUCCACACACAGGCCUGCUGAGUGCUCUGCAUUUCAGAAGAGUGGGGGUCCCUCACUGGGCACUGCUGGCAGCAGGGUGCUCCGGGUGGGGGUGCAGCAGGGAAAACCCUUUUGCAGCCUAAUAACGCAGACCAGGUCAGAGGCAAACCAGCAGCAAUCAAAUACCCCACAGCACCGCUCUUCCCUCUGUUUGCAAAGGGGGAGCUCCCCCUGGCUCUGCCUGUAACCAGGGAAGGCAGGACCUCACUAAUUAACAUGCUGUGUUUGGCCCUGGGCGGGAUCCUGGCUGAUGGGCAUGCCCACCCCAAACCUUGCCAUGGAUCACAGCUGGGGUUUUGCUCCCAGUGCCAGUGACGCAAGAGGACCGCGGGCCUGCAGCUUAUGGCUGCAGCUGUGCUGAUGGAUGUGUGUUCCCUGGCUGCUCUCAAUGCCUUGGAGUCUCUCCAGCUUCCUCCAUCUCCCCUUUGGGGAGCUGAAGGGACACCUUGGGAACAUACUGAGAACAUGAGACUCCGUUACUGCGGCAGGGGAGGGUAAAGCCCCUUCCAUCAGUUACCCCUGUGUGUUUCAGCCCCACCCCUGAGGAGCUAAGCUGGGAGCUGAUGCUAGGUGCCAGCUUUUCUCCCAGUCCUCAUCUCAAGAGAGAUUGGGGCUGGUGGGGGACUGUGUGGCACUGGGCUGCAAAGCUUGUUGGUCCCUUUCCCUGCUCACAUGAGAGCAGAGGAGGUGAUUUGCUCCUGGUAUGUGUGCAGGCUUUUGCUGGCUGCAGGGCUAGUUCCCUGAUCUUUCCCAGCUAGUAAUGCUAGGGCAGGAGAAACUCUGUGCUUUCCUGGGUGUUGUGGGAUUCCCCCAGGGUCUUUCCACGGGCUCAGAAAAGCCAUCCUCACUACAGGGGAUAUUGGCUGCUCCAUGGUUCGUGUCUGCCUUUCUGUGGACCAUUUCUUUUCCACAUCUUUUGGUAUGCUUAUUAGAAUGCUCUUUUUAAAUUUUUUUGAAUGAUUCAAAUUUGAUUUUAGCACAAAUUUAUUUUUCCUUUUGAGGAAAUACUCAGCUGACUUGUUGGCAGCAGUUAAGCUGUCUUGUUUGAACUUUUAGUAGCGGGCUAGGGUUUUUUUGGGGUGUUGGGUUUUUUUUUUUUUUUUUUUUUGUUUGGUUUUUUUUUGUUUUUUUCUAAUUGUACUCUUUAACUGCUUAGUAUUUAUGCCUGUCUUUCUCCCCAUCUCAGUUCAGCAUCUUCUGUUCCAGUUCUAGGGUUCAGAAGGUCAGCAUAGCUGACCAGGUGGUAUUAGUCCCUCCCAGCUGUGAUGGAGCUUGGUCCAUCAUCAUUUGCUGUUGGUUGGUUUUGAUUUUGUUUUUUUCCAUUGAAUGGCACACUGUAGCAAAUCUCCAGGAAUUGAAUUCCUUCUCAAAUGAUUUUAUAUGUUUUAUAAAAUCCUGUUGGUAUGCACUGAGAGUGAACACACUGUAAUGUCCCUGACACCUCAGUCGGGGUCAAAGCUCAUCCUUGAAAAGGCGCCUGCGGCCAGCCUGCGCUUCCCGAGGCCACUGGCACACCCGGGGCUGCAAAGGGUAGAAUCAGGCCUUACUUUCUGAAUCAGAUUCAGUUCUGUUUGUCAACAGAUGCUCAUUAAUGUGCUACUUAAUUCCACUGCAUGAGUCGAGGACUGUCCAUCCUUUGAGUACUCUAGGAUAUGUUCUACCUGUACACAGUAGGAGCAUUCUGCUUAGGUAUUUAUAAAUCAUCGCAGAUAAUGUACAUAGUAGGGUUGUUUAGUAUGUUGAACAUGACCCAGUUUUUAUUUUGUGUUUCCUUUGAAGUACUCAAAGGGCUAGCUCUGAAUGUCACCUCUCUGAUCUCCAGUUUUGGCUUCAACAAGCUGUACAAUCAUCUUGUUUUCCCUUCAGCGAGCAUAAAGGUCUCUCUGGCUACAAAUCAGUGUCCACACACGCUUGCAGAGGAAGGUCUGCGUGCUGCAGUGCCUCACUGCACCGGUGAAGCUUGUGUUCACCUUCUCCUGGCAGUAGCCACCUACUGCAGCUGCCUUUUCUUUUCUUGCUGCCCAUUAUGCAGGGCUUCAAUUUUUCGUACUUUAAAAAAAAAAAAAAGGGAAAAAGAAAAAAAGAAAAAGAAAAAAAAGUGUAUUUUCUUUGCCCACCAUGCUUUAAAAAUCUGAAUGAGAGAAAACUCUCAGCAGACAGCAGCUCUUGGCUGCAAGGUUGCCGAAAUCUCAGAUGUGGAUGUUUUUUCUGCCAUUGGCUGCACCAGUGCUCCAUGGGCAUGGGCAAAUCCCAGCCCCAUCUGCCCCACAGGUCUACGUACUGUAGUUCUCAUGUAGUUCAGAAAUACCGAGGCAUGUGGCUUUCUUAAGGUACACUAUGUGUGCUUGCCUGGAUUACAAUACAAUACGAGACUGUCUUUUUAAUUGCUUAUUACUAGCUUACCAAUAACCUGUAUAAGUAAUGUAACUUGCAUCUUUGUCAUCAGAACCUUUUCUCCCCACCCCUUUAUUUAUCAAGCAUAAUAUUACAUAUUAAGGGACAGGAAAAUAGACCUUUGUAGUAUACAGCAGGACGUUGCUAACAAUGUUUUAGAUGGGAAGUGAAAAACGCUCUGAAAAAUGCCAGCCAUGAGAAAUGACUUUGUUGGCACCGUGUUCAUGCGCAUGUAUUUUUUUCUAUUUUUUCCGCUUUUGUCAUGUUACAUCCAUAUCUGUAUUUAUAUCUUAUUUGUUUCACUUUUGAGUGUAUCAUGGCAAUUGUACAGAUGUUUUUUGUUAACAUUUACGUGAUAGAAUUUGCUAAAAAAAAUUAAAAUAAAACCUUUUGAGUUUGCCCUAGA